AUGAGUGGUUGCAAACCUUCGGAUACUCCAAUAGAAACUAAUGCUAAACUUGGAGAUGUAAAAGAUGGUGUUCCAGUAGGCACAGGGAGAUACCAAAGAUUGGUUGGAAGAUUAAUCUACUUGUCACAUACACGUCCUGACAUCGCUUUCGCUGUGAGCAUGGACUCUUCUUCAAGAAAAAUGAGGAGAGGAAUUGAGGUGUAUACAGAUGCUGAUUGGGCAGGUUCGAUCAUUGAUAGAAGGUCAACAUCAGGCUACCGUACAUUUCUAUGGGGCAAUUUAGUCACUUGGAGAAGCAAGAAGCAAAGUGUAGUCGCUAGAAGUAGGGCUGAGGCAGAAUUCAGAUCAAUGGCUUAA